AUGAAGCACACACCCGUCACAUCGACAACUCCAACCACCGUGUCUCCGCUGUUGCCAAUGGAGCUAUCAACUGCCCAACCGCAUGAGGAAGAGAAAGGAAGUGCGUAUGAACAUUGGAAUGAGCAGCAGUAG